GUUAAACGCUUUAUCCGGCAAAAAUGACAUCAUUUAUGGUCACGUGACCUGCUAAGUAUAGCUCCUAUAUAAGCGGGUGAUUCUCGCACCUUCGUUCUUUUCCACAUUGAUUCUCAGAGAGAGAGGUACAAAGCAGUUUCUUACUUUAAUUCAAACAUUUACCAAGAAUUUCUUUAAAUAUUUCUUUAAACAAUUUCUAAUAACUUCAAGAUAUCCUCACAAAUUUAGACGACAAAAUUAGUUUAUUAAUAAUGUAUAAAUUUUGCAGGUUUCAAUAGAAAUACUUUGAAUUGUCUAAAAAUAUAUUACGUCCACGUGGCCAGCACCUGAAAGAAUUUAUGAAUACACUGUAUACUUUACAUCUAUUUGAUUUAGCAUAAAGAAAAUCAUAACAAAUUUGCUGAUUUUAAUCUUUAAUUUUUAAUUCAAAUAAAUUUGUAAUGACGUUUUUCAUUUUAUUACGUCACCAACACGUGGAUAUCAUAGUGCAAGUAAGUACAUUUCAAUGUUAUUUUGAAAAGAUGAAAUGCUAUAUAAACUAGCCGCAAAUAAUGUGAAUCAUUUCGAACCUUUAGUGAUGCUACAUGUUUUGAAAUAAGUUUAUUGUAUGUUGAUCUUUGUGAUAUCUGCAUAUCGCAUAAACAUGGCUUUCUAGGAUGUCAUAUCUGUCUUAAACAGCCAGUCACGAAUAUUUUAGAGGCCACUAAUUAAUAGCAGAUGAUUGAUCCCGUCCGUUACUUCUGUAUUCGGACAGUGCGCAAUUCGGAUGACCAUUGCAUAUAAGUCAAUAUAGUAUCUUUAUAGCUUCUAUACAACUAGAUAUAUUUUCAUUAGUAAUUUAAUCAAAGAAGGCACUGUGUGUACAAGUAGAGCUGUGGACUCCUAACCCGGAGUUGCGGAUUUCGUAUGCCGCUACUGUUUUUAAGGGUAAUUUCAAAUGUCCAUAUUAAAGUAAAGUCUGUCCUAUUAUUGUUAAAUGGUGACAUUUCGAAACAAGUUUAUAGCUGUGUCUUUAUUCGGAGGUGGUUUUUAGCACAGGUUGAUUAUAAAUCGCUAUAUUUCUUUGUUUUAGCGCGAUUAAUGGUUUUUAUUUUAUUGUAAAAUUAAAAUAAACAUAAUUGAUUCAUUUAAUAUACUAAACAAUUAUUUCCAUUUCUGUUUUAUGAGGAACGAUGCCUGCAAAAAGAAAGAAUACAUCUUUGUCACACCAAGUCGCUCAAAAACGGAAAGGAAACAAUCAAGGUGGAGGAGAUGUUCAGCCCGUCAACCUGGAAGAUGCAGGGACGAGGGGUGUAACUGGGGGAGUUGUUCAGCCCGUCAACCAGGAAGGUGCAGGGACGAGUGGAUUAUCAGGUGUCCAAGCGGCAAUCCCGCUACCUUCACAGAAUCAUCAAGUGAGAUAUCCCGAGAUCUGGAUAGUGGGUGACUCGCUCGUCAGAGGGGCACACCAGCAAUCCCUAUUUCGGCCUGAGGGUCCAAAUUUAGGACUCGAUACUUUAGGAUACAGAAUAUUUUGGGAAUACAUUAGCGGUAUGAAGAUUUCCGAAUUAAGAGAGACAAUAGAAUACCUUCUCAAUUUUCAUGCUCCACCGGUAAUGUUGAUUAUCCACUGUGGUGGGAAUGAUUUAGGAUUAAUUUCUACUUUAGAAUUGACUUGGAGCCUCAAACAUUUUUUACAAGAUUAUAUUAAAAACGCAUUACCAAACACAAAGAUUGUUUGGUCACAAAUACUUCCACGUCGAACUUGGAGAUAUAUAGACGACAAUUUAAUUGCUAAAAGAAUGUGUACCAGAAUUAACAGUUGUUUAGGAAAAUAUUUCAUAAAGUGUGGAGGUGCAUAUAUUAAAUACCCAGAUAUAACUUGUGAAUCUAUAUACUUCUCAGCUGACGAUUGCCAUCUGUCAAAUUUAGGAUAUAAUGUUAUAGUAAGCACCCUAUCUGGUGCUGUCUAUUCGUUUUUGUUCGCAGGUCAGGCUGUUUUCCCUUACUUGUCAUAGCUGGAUUACUGAUUAAUUGUUUCAUGAUAGUCCGCUUUGGCGGAAGGCUCGAUUUCAUCUCACCUUUUGGCGAUUUAACUAUCAUAAAACACUUUCUGCCGUAGACGGGGAAGUUGAUUUGCAAAAAUUUUCAUUAUCUUGUAUUACAGUAAUCCAGCCAUGACAAAUAUAUGCCAAACCAUUAAUUAAUAAAUUAGAGUUUUAAACAGUUA